CUCUGGUCAUUCCCUGUACUGUGUCCGCAGUCUCUUGUCAUCUCCUGUACCGUGUCCGCAGUCUCUGGUCAUCUCCUGUACCGUGUCCGCAGUCUCUGGUCAUCCCCUGUACUGUACCGUCUGUCCGCAGUCUCUGGUCAUCUCCUGUACCGUGUCCGCAGUCUCUGGUCAUCUCCUGUACCGUGUCCGCAGCAGUCUCUGGUCAUCUCCUGUACUGUCCGCAGUCUCUGGUCAUUCCCUGUACUGUGUCUGCAGUCUCUGGUCAUUCCCUGUACUAUGUCUGCAGUCUCUGGUCAUCUCCUGUACUAUGUCCGCAGUCUCUGGUCAUUCCCUGUACUAUGUCUGCAG